UUAAUUGCAUCGGAAUGUCAAUCUUCGUGUGCCGAAAAAAAAUAAAUAUAACGCCUGCCCUAGUCCGUUGGAAAACAACAGAAGAAAUCCGUUUUUUUUAUUGUGAUCGAAGUAAGCCGAGUUCGGAAUACUUCAAAUGUCCACCGAAGCGAAGCGUCCGAAAAUGGACGGAAAAUUCAACAAGGCCAAAAUGGAUAAGAAAAAAUACUACGCAAAGGCUCAAAAUGAGUCCCGAAGAAAGAACUACAUCGAGCCUGGUCAACGUGGUUUCAUGGUAACGUGCAAUAUGAGAGAAAGGGAAUGUAUAAGGGACAGUUUCCGAUUGCUGAAUGAAUACGCCGAUCUGCUGUACGGAAAGCUAGGUCACGGCGAGGAAAAACCGGCAAAAGAUGACGAAGCUGAGCAGGAGUCGGAGAAAGAGGAAGACAUCUCCGAGUUGGUUCAAAAGCAAGCGGAAGCAAUUCGGACGGAGAAGCGCCAGUUUAGAUUUGAAUCGGUCGAUUCCGGGGCUAAAAACGUCUGCUUCAUCACAACCAUUCUGGAAGACCCCAAAGAGCUGGGAUUGAAAAUUCUACACGAUUUGAUGGAGACUAAGAAGUUGAAGAGUCGUAAUAUUCUGAGACUGUUACCGAUCGAGGCGGUAACGCGCGCUAAUUUGAAGGACAUUAUGGAUACUGCUGGUGGAUUAUUUGAUAAGUACUUCCUGAAGGAACCGAAAACAUUUGCAAUCAUUUUCAAUCGUCGAUUCAAUAAUGGUUUGGACAGAGAAGAUGUCAUCAAGGAGCUGGCCGGAUUGAUCUCCGCAAAGAAUGCGGGUAAUAAGGCAAACUUGAAGAAUCCGGAAUUGGCCGUCAUUGUCGAGGUGAUCAAAGGGCUGUGCCUAAUAAGUGUCGUUCCAGAAUACUUUCAGCUGAAAAAGUAUAACUUAGUGGAAAUUUGUACCAGGAAAGAAGAUUCAGAAAAAGUGAAGGACAACGAGGAAAGCAGAUCGGAGGUGACGAAGGAUAACGGGAAAAAUAUCUCUGAGGAGCUAGACCAAGAGAAGUCGGAAGAGGAAAAAGCGUCAGAUAGUUCUACAAAAAACACUAAUGAAUGAAUCGAUUAGACAAUAGAUUUUGCUUAACCAAACUGUUUCAUAAUAAAACGAUGAAUGUUAUUAACAUA